UGCAGAGCAUCUUCGAUUUUUAUUUCGAAUUUCCUCUAAAAAUUUCAAAAAAUGAGCAGCGAUGAGACAGAUAAGCGUUUAUGGAUUGGCAAUCUAGAUCCCCGAAUCACCGAGUAUAAACUAAUAAAAAUUCUGCAAAAAUGUGGUGAAAUUGAAAAAUUCGAUCUACUCUUCUACCGAAAUGGCCCGCAAGCAGGACAACCUCGAGGUUAUGGCUUCGUUUCAUUCAAAAAGCCCGAAGACCAUGAAAAAGCCAUACAAAAGCUGAACGGAAUUAAAAUCGGAGACAAACACAUCGCCGUUCGUCCCGCGAACAAAGUCAAUUACGAUGAACUCGAGAAACCAAAACCCAAAAUUGAUAUUCCCGCAUUGACAGCAGGCACUUCUGCAUCAUCAUCGUCGAUGCCCGCAACGCAUCAUCGCACAAAAACUGUCAUGACAAGUAAAGAGCUGGCGAUUCAAGCGUUGGAAGCGAAAUUGAAGCAACUCGAGGACUCGAAUUACGAUUUUGAAUUGAACAAAACGGCAGCGAACGAGGCGCCGCUCAUCCAAAAGUACCAAUAUAACAAGGACAAGCCCUCGCAAACGCAUACUCGAACAAAAUACUCACACAAUAGGCAUCGAAGUCGACCUUACGGCAAAUCGGGACGACGAUAA